AUGCGGGUCGACGUGGCACCGGACGGCUGGGUCGGCUUCGUCGCAGGAAGUACAGCGCUUCACCACGCCAGCUUGUCCGGCAUCGUUUUCUCGGUGGACGAAGACCAGACCUUCCCCUUGAAGCUAGGUAGCAAUUGCUGGGAUUACGGUGGCGGCUACUCUUCCCCGACCUAUAGCCUCAUCGAUGGCUUGU